AUGCUUGAGCCUUCGUCUGAGACGUCUGAAGAAAGCCCGGGCACCAAGGAAGCCGAGCCGAAGAAGCCGAAGGUGCUGCAGCGGGUCCAGGAGGGCCUGAGCCUCUCGCAGGAGGCCGUGAACGUCAUGGAUUCGUUCGUGAAGGACAUCUUUGAGCGAAUCACCGAUGAGGCGGCGCGCCUGGUCCGCUCCAGCAAGCGCUCCAUCCUCACCUCCAGAGACAUGCAGACCUCCGUGCGCCUGCUGCUGCCUGGGAAGAGGGGCAAGCACGCCAUAUCCAGCGCCACCAAGGCAGUCAUUCGGUACCUAACCGGCAAAUGA